UAUAGUCAUGACUUAUACCAGUAUUGUACCAAUACCAGAGGACCCCAUAUAUGACCCAGUACUCACAGAAAAGCCUAAUACCACAGUAGCAGGUGUCUCUACUAAAAAAGCCUUACCUACUGACAAUAACACUCUUCCACUAGACAAACCAAUACCAAUAGAUACUAAUAAACACUCUAAUGA